CUUGACUCACUCCCCCUCUCCCGCUCUGCAGCCUAGCCUGCUGCCCAUAUAUCCACCUAUAACCUAUUCCUCUCUCAUUUUUAAACCCAAAGCGUGUUCAAACUUUACAACCUACGCAAAGAUUCAAAAUUAACCUUAUUAAUUAGCUUUAUCUCUCCCAGGCCUCUCUCUCUCUCUCUCUCUCUCUCUCUCUCCCUCUAUCUAUCACAACUCACACAGAGAUCGAGAGGGAAAAAUAUGCCUAAAUCACCACUACUACUAGUCUUUGCAUUUCUCUUCCUUUCUUGCCUAUACCACAUAUCCACGGCCACCAAUGUCACCGCCACUAAUCUCUCCCAACAAUUCAAAGAAGCCCCACAAUUCUACAACUCACCAGACUGCCCGUCGACAACCAAUGACCUCGAAGAAGGCGAAGACGACGGCGACGACGACAGCAACAACAACAACAACAACGUCGUAUGCUCCGAAAGUGCAGUCCACGUUGCAAUGACCCUAGACACCCAAUACCUCCGAGGCUCUAUGGCAGCCAUUCUGUCCGUCCUCCAACACACCUCGUGCCCGGAGAACGUAUUCUUCCACUUCGUUGCCUCAGCAUCCUCCGCCAACGCGUCCCUCCUACGCGCCACCCUCUCCAGCUCCUUCCCUUAUCUCAAGUUCCAAGUGUAUCGCUUCGACGACUCCCACGUGUCAGGUCUGAUCUCCACCUCUAUCCGCUCCGCCUUAGACUGUCCGCUCAACUACGCCCGCAGCUACUUGGCUAACCUCUUGCCCUUGUGCGUCCGACAAGUCGUUUACCUCGAUUCCGAUCUUAUCCUCGUCGACGACAUUGCCAAGCUCUCCGCCACCCCGCUCGGCGACUCCUCCGUCCUCGCAGCCCCGGAGUACUGCAAUGCCAACUUCACCUCGUAUUUCACCCCAACCUUUUGGUCCAACCCGUCUUUGUCACUGACCUUCGCGAACCGGAAAGCCUGCUACUUCAACACCGGCGUGAUGGUGAUCGAUCUUGAUCGGUGGAGAGCCGGAGAUUAUACGAAGCAGAUUGAGGAUUGGAUGGAGCUCCAGAAGAGGAUGAGGAUAUACGAGCUGGGUUCUCUUCCGCCUUUUAUGCUUGUCUUUGCCGGGAAAAUUGCUUCGGUUAAUCACAGAUGGAACCAGCACGGUCUUGGCGGCGACAACUUCCGGGGACUUUGCCGGGAUCUGCACCCGGGUCCGGUGAGUCUCUUGCACUGGAGCGGGAAGGGUAAGCCGUGGGCUCGCCUGGACGCGAACCGGCCGUGCCCGUUGGACGCUCUUUGGGCUCCUUAUGAUCUUUUGCAGACUCCAUUUGCUUUGGAUUCUUAAGCUCUUUCUGGCGCUUAAUUACUAGUCGGAGGGACGAUGAAGGAGCCGGAGUUUGUUCAUGUAGAUUAUGCAGAAUAUUCUGUCAAACUUUUACUCUUCUAAUUGUAUGAUAAUAAUGGGGAUUCGUAUAUUUUGCAUCACCAAUGCAUGAUAAUAGUCUGUACAGCAAAAGAGCUAUUUUGCUUUCUUGUUUCAAUAUUGAUGAAUUAUAUGAUCAUAUAUUUGAAUUAA